CUUUAAUGUAGACUCAUUAUACUACCAAAAAUAAGUGAAAAAAACUCUAGAUACAGAGACUUUAGUAUUUUUAGAUUCUCUACAGAUUAAAUAAGAAAAAAAACAAUAGUUUGAUAACCAUAUUUUGAACAAGUAUCUGCACAAAACUGAAGUUGUACAGGCAGCCAUAGGCUAUGACCACCACUUUAAAGCCACCCAUUGGGUUGCGCUUCCUCCAACAACCGUCGUUUUUUCUUGGUUCCAAAUCGCUAAAGUUCCCAACCACUCAGCUUCCCAGAAUCAACUGUAGCCACUCCUCUUUCGAAGUUCGAGAGGUUAGCUAUCAACCCCCGGGGACUCAGCUUAAACUUCUAAAUUCAGUUAGCUUUUCACUUCCAGAGAAAAGUUUCGGCCUAAUUUUCGGACAGAGUGGAAGUGGAAAAACAACCCUAUUGCAGCUUCUUGCAGGAAUAUGCAAACCAACCUCGGGAUCUAUUUACAUCCAAAAGUAUGGGAAUGAUGGAAAUCCUAGUCAAACUCCGGAGCCCUUGGUGCCAGAAAGGGUUGGUAUUGUCUUCCAGUUUCCUGAGAGGUAUUUUGUCGCAGAUAAUGUGCUUGAUGAAGUCACUUUUGGUUGGCCAAGGCAAAAGGGUAACCAUCACCUCAGGGAGAAUCUUACUCUAGGGCUACAAAGGGCAAUUAACUGGGUAGUUAUGCUUUUGUAUACCACCAAGUGUAUUUUUAUAAUACAUGUUGGAUUAAGUGGGAUAUCAUUGGAUAAAAAUCCUCACUCCCUUAGUGGUGGUUACAAACGCCGUCUUGCCUUGGCAAUACAAUUAGUGCAAACCCCUGAUCUAUUGAUAUUGGAUGAACCUCUUGCUGGACUCGAUUGGAAAGCACGUGCUGAUGUUGUGAAGCUGUUGAAGCAUUUAAAAAAGGAGUUAACUGUGCUAGUUGUUAGUCAUGAUUUGAGAGAAUUUGCGAAUCUAGUUGAUCGAUCAUGGAGAAUGGAAAUGGGUGGAAACCUUAAAGAAGAAUUUCUACCAUUGUAAUCUAUGCUCAUUGCCUUUUUAAUCUCCAUGACAUUCUAUGAGGUUUGUAGCUGUAUCGUCAAGUGAGUGAUUUAUUUUCUAUUGUACCUUGGAUGCUUAGACUGGAAAUUCUGAAACGAAAAAAAUAAAAAUAUAAUUCUAUAAAUAGCUUUCUUGAGAUUUGAUCAUUGAAAUGGUCUCGCGGCCUCUAUGAAAAU